CGUCCCCCUCUCAGUUGGUGCGUGUUCUUCUGUGCGUGGUCUCAUCUUUUGACUUGCUCACCAGACGCUGAUGGUGCUCUGGCUGCGUCCCGCUCUCAGUUGGUGCGUGUUCUCAUCGAGUGCGUUUUCUCGUCUUCUGAGUUGCUUACCCGAUGCUGAUGGUGCUCUGGCUGUGUCCCGCUUUCAGUUGCUUGACCUCAAUGAUGGUGGUGCUUCAGCAACGUCCUAUUCCCAUAGGACGCUGAUGAUGGGGAAGAUUAUGAGGAGUGGCAGGAUAGAGAGGACCAUGAGGCCUGAGGAGACAACAUUUUAUAGCAAGCUUUGAACGAUGCAAGAAAUUGCUAUUCCCUGUACAAUUGCAGACUUAGCUUCAUGUGCUUUAAUGUUUGUUUCCCUAUGUACAUACAAGUGAUCUGAUUUGUAGCGGGCAUUAUUGACGAUAUUUGACUUCAUAUCCUGGACAUUGCACUUUUGACUGUUGCGUUUGUAUCAUAUAUA